AUGGAGACAAUUGUUAUUCUCGUGUGCUACAAUGGAAAAUGGGUCACCUCGAAGAAGAUGUGCAAAUACGAAGGGGGUGACUCAAAAGGCUUAAUAGUUCCACGGACCAUCAAAUUUGCUGAACUGUUGGACCGUGUGCAUCAGAUUGGUAAUACAAACAGCAGGGAAGACAAGUACAAUUCUGAGGUAACACCUUCAAAACUAGCUCCCUUACUCGUGAGUAUAGAAGAUAAAGGACUCACAAAUGAUGUAGUUGAUAGUAUGCAUAUCACGACAAAUAGUAGUCGGAUGGGUCCUUCUUCAGUCGCCAUUGUUGAAAGCAAUGAAGUAAGUUGGAAUAAUACAAAUGGCAAUGAUGUGGGAGGUGAAGUAGGGACAGAUUUUAUGGAUAUGAUUGAUUUUAGCGAGGUGGAGGACAUGCAUGGUGGUGAUAAUGGUACUGAAAGAAAUGAAGUGUCAGUGUACUCUGCCCCUCCUAUUUUGGGCUGCUUGAACACAUCUGCCCAACUGCCAAUAAUGCGUUUAGGAGGAGAAUCUGAACCCAUUCGUGAACAUUAUUGGAAUCAAAUAGGUGAACAGAACCGGUACAAUGAAGCCGGUGUAAAUGAUGGGGAAGCAUAUUUGGAUAGCGGGUGUUCGCGAAGUGAUUGGAAUCCGAAAAUUACAGUUGGGCAAAUUUUCUCUAGUAAGAAAGCAUUGUUGACGGAGUUACAGUUGACGGCAAUAAGAGGCCACUUCGAAUUUAAGGUGCAAUUCUCCUGCACAAAGAGGUUGCUUGUGGUUUGUUGUCAACGUCCAUGCCCAUGGCGGGUUCGAGCAUCGAGAUUUGGAGAAUACAGCUUCAUGAUUGUGAGGUGUACAACUGUCCAUGAAUGUGAUUUGAGGUUCAUAAGUGACAACCAUCGUCAAGCAACCGCAGCACUUGUAGCCACUUCAUGUAAAAGGAAGUUGAAGGAUUCUCGGACAAUAUACACACCAAGUGACAUUAUGAGAGAUGUGAAACACAACUUUGGUUUAAGAAUCCAUUAUUCGAAAGCUUGGAAAGCAAGGGAGUUAGCUCUAUUGUCCAUUAGAGGAUCAGCGGAGGAGGCAUAUUAUAUUCUUCCAGCUUAUUGCUAUGAAUUGGAGCAGGGUUUUUGUUCUUCCAUGCGCCCAGUGAUAGCUGUGGAUGCCACUCAUUUAAAAUCCAAGUACAAGGGUGUUAUGUUUGUAGCAAAUGCAUUCGAUGGUAAUCGAAAUAUAUAUCCUCUUGCUUUUGGGAUCGGGGAUUUGGAGACGGAUGCAUCAUGGCAUUGGGCUGCGAAAUCUUAUUCCAUUGCUGAAUUUGAUUGUCAUUUUCGCAAGAUCAAGCGAAAGGAACAUGUUGCUCAAUAUCUUGAAGAGGCAGGGUUACAUAAGUGGUCUAGAGCUCACAUGGAUGGACGCCGCUACAAUGUAAUGACAACAAAUAUUGCGGAGUCAAUCAACUCAGUCCUUAGGUUUGCAAGGACGCUGCCAGUGGUUCAUUUGAUAGGGGAAAUUAUGAAUCUCCUUGUCAAAUGGUUCACCGAACGUCGUGAGUUGGCUUUGAAGUGCACAACAACAUUGUGCCCCAAUUUUGGAGAGAAGAAGUUGAGGAACAGGUUGGAGGAUGCUGCAACGAUGAAUGUGGUUAAAGUGAAUAAUGCACAGUUUAAUGUUUUGGACGGUCAUAUGGAUGGCCUCGUAGAUUUGACGAACAACACUUGCAGUUGUAGAAAGUUUCAGCUUGAGCAGCUACCUUGCAAGCAUGUAGUUGCAGUUUGCCGCUUCUUGAAAGUAAAUGUAUACUCAAAGGCUUCUCGGUAUUACACUCGGAAAACCUGGAUGGAUGCUUAUUCGGAUAGCAUCUACCCGAUACAGCCUCACGGAAUGUGGGAUAUUCCUGAAGAUGUUCGAAGUCGAGUUGUGCUGCCUCCCAUUGCAAGGGUCAUGCCAGGCAGACGAAAGAAGAUAAGAAUUCCCCUCGCAAGGAGAGGGCACCAUUAG